CGCUGCCGCGAAGCCUUUCGCUUGUUUGUGUCGCGCGAAACUGCGUCAAACGCAUGCAAAGUGGAGUGCGAGCGAGCCUUUUCUGUAGAAGUGUUGUUGUCGGUGGUUUUUAGCCUUGGCGUUCAGUCGUUCGACGUUGUUCACUCACGCUCAGUGCUCAGUCUACUUUGGACCACGGUCGUGUGUACUUCCUCUGUGCCUUCUUGUUCACUUUUUUGGCUCAAGCUAAAGCUGUGUCGCUAUCGCCGACGAGCGCCAACACCAGAGUCACAUGGGCAACAUCGCGCAAUUCAAGAGGACAAGCCUGAAGAGGACGGAGUCCCAGGAGAAGGGGUGCCUACCAAGCCAGGAGGUGAUCGUCCAGGAAAAGACAGAGGCAGAACUCCGUGACCGCAUCGGCACCUUCAACAAGGAGCAGCUGAAGCCCACGGCCACCGAGGAGAAGGGCGUGCUGCCCAGCCCCGGAGAUAUCCAGCACGAGAAAGUGGAGGUGGAGCUGAGAGAAAGGAUCGGCUCUUUCAGUAAAGGAGAGCUGCACCACGCCCAGACGGAAGUCAAGAACGUCUUGCCCUCAGAACAGGACAUCCAGCACGAGAAAGUGGAGGUGGAGCUGAGAGAAAGGAUCGGCUCUUUCAGUAAAGGAGAGCUGCACCACGCCCAGACGGAGGUCAAGAGCGUCUUGCCCUCAGAACAGGACAUCCAGCACGAGAAAGUGGAGGUGGAGCUGAGAGAAAGGAUCGGCUCUUUCAGUAAAGGAGAGCUGCACCACGCCCAGACGGAAGUCAAGAACGUCUUGCCCUCAGAACAGGACAUUGGUCAGGAGAAGCAGGAGCAGGAGUUGAAGAACUCCAUCAGCUCCUUCAAGCGUGCCAGUCUGAAGCAUACAGAGACGCAGGAGAAGAACCCCCUGCCUCCUUCUGAGGCCAUUCAGCAAGAAAAGAAGGAGACUGAACUGAGGAGCUCCAUCGAGGGAUUCCCUAAAGGUCAGCUGAAGAAAGCUGAGACAACAGAGAAGAACCCACUGCCCACCAAAGAAGAGAUUGCAGCAGAGAAAGCGGGGAAAUAAAUCUCCUCUGUCCUUCUACAAAGACCCCUAUCAAUGUUGGCACGGCAAGGGAACUGACUAGAGGAGCUGUGGUGGAGUUUGAAACAAAGGGGGAGGAGUUGACAUUCAGCUGUGAUGUCUAACCAGCAGUUUCAAACAUUUUUUGUGAACUUUAUUUAAUGUGAACUAAAAUUGGUUUUACUGCUUGCAUAAGUAUUCUGAAAUGGUCUUUUUAUGGUAAGGUCUUUGUACUUGAAAUUUUACUGAAGAAAGAAAAAGUUUUGAAUGAUGAGCUUGAGUAAAAGAUCUUUCUUAGUAAUGAGCGCUUUAAUAGGGCGCAGCAUUCAACUUUCGUUCAAAUGUGUCGAAAGAAUUCAGAAUAAGACUGGCUUUCUGUGGAAAAAAAUUUAAAAUUGUUCAGUUAGAAAUUACUCAAUAAGCGAGUUCCAGUGUGUGCAGCACGGAUAUCGCAUAGCUGUAUGGCCAGCCUAGUGUGUCGCUCCCUCUUGACUUGCCUGUCAAAAAGCUGACUGCGGACAGCAAAGAUGGUGUCGGGCUUUUGAAAGUGCCUUAAAAAUUCAUACCAAAAUAUCUUCUUUAUUGUCGAUGAACAAAGUGUAUAUAAAAAUAUACUUGUUAGAUUGUCACUGUUCAGAUUUAUUUUUCUUUAUUAGAGUUAUUAUUUGAAAUUCAUGAUUUUCGUUGUUUCGAUGUCUUGACUGAUUUGGUCAUUGUCAUGAAAUUCAAGUCCUUGAUGACUCCCCUGAACUGGGUGGUAGAAACAGCAGUUCAACUUUUUUUAUACUUCAAUGAAUAAGACUCAAAUCCUUUAAAAAAAAAAAAUUUGAUCAUCUGAGAUGGAUACUGCAAGUCUGACACUGUCUUAACUGUUCCCAGCGGUUUGUUCUGUACAUAAAUUGUUAUCCAUGCAAGCCUGUACAUAAGUGCCUAUUCAACUGGUCAAGCAUUUGGAAGGCCAAUGUUCUUUGUGAACACUCACUAUCUGGCAUUUAAUGUUAUAUCCCAUACCCCCAAGCUUCUCUCACAACUCCGUACAUUCUAUACAAGAAGCUGGCAUAGAAGUUUUGAAAGCAUAGGUUUAUUUCCAUUCCCACAUAUCAUUCCAUGAAAAGAUCAGAGGAGAUUAUUUAAGAAUUGUCAAAUUUCCCUUUCUCACCGUUUGUGAAGAUAAUGGCUAUCUUUGUUUUCAGUGUAUCAUUAGCCUCGAUGAAGCUAAGGUUUGCAACGUAUCUAGUCCAUUCAAGCCAUACUUGCGUUAGAAAUGUUACAGAAGUGACAGAAAAUUAACAUGUUACUUCUAGGGACUGGAAAUAUCGAAUUAAGUCUCUUAAUUUUUGUCAAAGUCGGCUUUAGUUUUGACCAAGUAAAGUGUCUAUCUAAGCCUAUUCCGAAGAUAUUUGUCCUUUCCAUUAUGAUAUAUACAAUCAUCAUCAAAUACUCUUUUCAGCAAUUGUUUAUUCCUUUACUUGUAAGUCCUAUCAGAGAAGGUUCAUAGCUUGAGCUAUGUCAGUGGAACAAAUUAAGUCACACCAGAGAGUGUCUUAAAGUUUUAAGUUUUGUUUCAGGGGCACGAUGGAUCUUUUACUCUCUGCUUUUUCCCCCUAUUAUGUUCUUUUUGUGUAUUUUAUCCUGGUGCUAAUGUUCUUUGCACUGUUUCAGUAAUCAUUGUAUUUGCAUUUUGGUUCCUCCAAAUUUAUGUUAUUUGUUUUUAAAUUGUUCUGUGAGAAUUAUUUUGGCGUUAUUUCCAUAAAUGCUUGAUGUUCAGCCGCUGCUGUGCUGUUUUGUAAAAUUUCCUGCUUCUACAUAGGGGUGAAAAUUCCCAUGGCUCUUUGAUCAAGUUUUUGUUAGAUUAUUGCUAAAUUUCAGGAAAUAUUUGUUGCCACGUUAUGACAAAGUAGACUCUAGUGUUUGAGUCAGUGUCUUGUUUCAAGACAACUUAAAGUUUUUGUGCAAUGUUUUGCAGUCAAUUGUUUCACAUGUUCUUUGAAAUGACACGCAAAAUAUCCUACAUAGGUUGGUACAGUACAAGAUAUGGACCAUUCAUGGCACAUUCCUUAGCCUGCAACUUUCUGGUUUCCAGACAUGAUAUGAACUACUCUGUUAUUCUAGUUCUACACUGUAGGCAGUGCAGUUUUCCUUUUGAGAAGAUUUAAAAAAUAAUAAAAUGAAAACAGUUUUGUUUCUACAGGGCAAACAUCUUUUGUUUAAAUUUCUUUUGAUCAUUCAUCUAAUGCCGUCUUGCAACAUUUUGUAACAUCUGCUCCUAGCUGCCAGUACUCGUCUGUACAGCUCCUUUCCACAUUAAACAUUUUUGUGUACCUUGACAAC